AUGAUGCCGGAGGCCCACCAAAAUACAGCCGAGGGAACAUCAGAAGGUAUUCCUGCAAAUGCGAGUCCGUCAGCGCGAUCACGCUCAUCAGAGGGUGCUGGCCCUACUCAAGACGCAGCUUCUGAAGGCGAGAGCCUGAAUGAUGAUGGGGUCGCUCAGACUUUAUCUCGUCGACGGAGUUAUGCCUCCGGCCACGAAGGUGCAGAAUGGGCGCAGAUCGAGCGAUUAAUUUCGCGUAUGUUCGGACACGAGCGAAAGGCAAAUUCUGAGGAAGAGCAGACAAGACACGUUGGUGUUAUUUGGAAGAAUCUCACAGUAAAAGGGUUGGGUCUCGGGGCAGCACUCCAGCCUACUAACGGGGACAUCUUCCUCGCCCUACCGAGGCUCAUCAAGGGACUUUUUACUCGUGGGAGAAAGGGUACUGGUGCUGGGAAACCAGAGAUCCGCACCAUCUUGGAUGAUUUCACAGGAUGCGUACGCCCUGGAGAGAUGCUUUUGGUCCUAGGGCGCCCCGGCUCAGGGUGUUCAACGUUCCUGAAAGUAAUAGGGAACCAAACACACGGCUAUGAAAGCAUCGAGGGAGAUGUUCGAUAUGGAGGAACCGACUCUACCACUAUGAAGAAGAAGUAUCGUUCAGAAGUCUCAUACAAUCCCGAGGAUGAUCUCCACUAUGCCACAUUGACUGUGAAAGAUACAUUGCUAUUUGCGCUCAAGACCCGAACCCCAGACAAACGAUCGCGUAUUCCGGGUGAAAGCCGAACAGAUUAUCAGCAGACCUUCCUUUCGGCAAUCGCAAAGCUCUUCUGGAUCGAGCAUGCCCUUGGGACGCGAGUUGGAAAUGAAUUGAUUCGUGGAAUUUCGGGCGGAGAGAAAAAGCGAGUUUCAAUUGGUGAAGCGAUGGUGACCAAGGCUAGUACUCAAUGCUGGGAUAACUCAACCAGAGGCCUUGAUGCAAGCACCGCGCUUGAGUACGUCCAGAGCUUGAGAAGUCUUACAAAUACAGCUCAUGUCUCAACAUUAGUUGCGCUCUAUCAGGCUUCAGAGAAUCUUUUCAAUAUUUUUGAUAAGGUGAUUCUCAUCGAGGGUGGAAAGUGCGCGUUCUUUGGUCAUACUGAAGAAGCGAAAGUCUACUUUGAAAAUCUGGGAUUUAAAUGUCCUCCCCGGUGGACAACACCCGAUUUCUUGACAUCCGUCAGCGAUCCUCAUGCAAGACGAGUGAAGCCUGGAUGGGAAGAUCGUAUCCCACGAACUGCCGAUGAGUUUCAAGCGGCGUAUCGACAAAGCGAUGUUUUCAAAGCGACGCUUACGGAUAUUGAAAGCUUCGAGGACGAGGUCGAGUCCCAAAAGCGUGAGAGAGAGGCUGCCAGAAGUAAAGCGACUACAAAGAAUUAUACGGUCCCAUUCUGGAAACAGGUUGCCAUCCUCACUCAUCGACAGUUCCUAGUCAUGUUCGGUAAUAGAGCCGCUCUCGUUGGUAAAUGGGGUGUCCUCGUCUUCCAGGCACUCAUUGUAGGAAGCCUGUUCUACAAUCUUCCUAACACAAGCUCGGGAGUUUUCACACGAGGUGGCGUGAUGUUCUAUAUCCUUCUGUUCAAUGCUCUACUUGCACUAGCUGAACUCACAGCCGCAUUUGAGAGCCGACCCAUACUGAUGAAACACAAGAGCUUCUCUUUUUAUCGACCCGCGGCAUAUGCGCUGGCACAAGUCGUCGUGGAUGUCCCAUUGGUAUUUAUCCAAGUGUUGCUUUUUGACAUCAUCGUUUACUUUAUGUCGAAUCUUGCGCGAACAGGGUCCCAGUUUUUUAUUAACCUUCUUUUCAUUUUUAUCCUCACAAUGACCAUGUAUUCGUUCUUCCGCGCACUCGGUGCGUUAUGCGCAUCAUUGGAUGUUGCCACUCGACUUACGGGAGUUGCAAUUCAAGCAUUCAUCGUAUAUACUGGAUACCUGAUUCCACCCUGGAAGAUGCACCCAUGGCUUAAGUGGCUUAUCUGGAUAAAUCCAGUCCAAUACGCAUUCGAAGCAUUGAUUGCAAAUGAAUUCCACAAUCUUGACAUCAAAUGCGAACCACCGUACAUUGUACCUGACGGACCUAACGCAUCUUCUUCCCAUCAGAGUUGCGCAAUUCAAGGGAGCAGUCCGGACAGCUUGGUUGUACAUGGUUCUGACUACAUCAAAGCUGCAUUCACGUACUCGCGGUCCCACCUUUGGCGGAACCUUGGUAUCAUGAUAGCUUGGCUUCUUUUCUUUGUGUUUUUGACCAUGCUUGGGAUGGAAAUCCAAAAGCCUAAUAGAGGUGGGAGCUCUGUCACUGUCUUCAAAAGAGGCGAGGCGCCGAAAGCAGUUGAAGAAGCGAUAGAAGGUAGCAGGCCGCCAGCAGAUAUGGAAUCUGCUGAGAAAGAUGGUCGGUCUUCAGGCAUGCAAAAUGACGAGGCUGGUCGGAACGUCGAGAAUAUCGCCGAAAACACAUCCAUCUUUACGUGGCACGAUGUGAAUUAUACAAUCCCUUAUAAGGGUGGACAGCGCAAGUUGCUACAGAAUGUCAAUGGAUACGUCAAGCCCGGUCGACUCACGGCGUUGAUGGGUGCAUCAGGUGCAGGGAAAACAACUCUCCUCAACGCCUUAGCCCAGCGAGUCAAUUUUGGUGUUGUCACCGGAAGGUUCCUGGUUGAUGGAAAACCACUCCCCAGAAGCUUCCAAAGAGCAACCGGGUUUGCCGAGCAGAUGGACAUACAUGAGCCCACGGCCACUGUCCGCGAGUCUCUACGCUUUUCUGCACUUUUGCGGCAGCCAAAAGAGGUUCCUCUGCAAGAGAAAUAUGACUACUGCGAGAAAAUCAUUGAUCUGUUGGAGAUGCGCUCAAUUGCCGGUGCUACUGUUGGGUCCACUGGCUCUGGCUUGAACCAAGAACAGCGCAAGCGCCUAACUAUAGCAGUAGAACUGGCCAGUAAACCAGAGCUGCUACUCUUCUUGGAUGAGCCCACUUCUGGUCUCGAUUCACUAGCUGCAUUCAAUAUCGUACGAUUUCUCCGACGACUAGCCGAUGCCGGCCAAGCAGUCCUCUGUACCAUUCACCAACCGUCAGCGGUUCUCUUUGAGCAAUUCGACGAACUUCUUCUGCUACAGAGUGGUGGCCGAGUUGUUUAUAACGGAAACCUUGGGUCAGAUUCCAAAACCUUGAUUGAUUAUUUUGAGCGAAAUGGGGGUAAGAAAUGCCCUCCAAAUGCCAACCCAGCAGAGUACAUGCUUGAAGUGAUCGGUGCUGGAAAUCCGGAUUACGACGGUCAGGACUGGGGAGAUGUGUGGGAAAACUCCCCAGAAUCUAAACAGCUUUCUGAUGAGUUAGAGAAUAUCAUCAGUUCCCGCCGUAACCAACAGCAGGAGGAGGUCACCAAGGAUGAUCGCGAGUUCGCCAUGCCGCUAUACGUUCAGAUAAUUGCAGUGACAAAGCGAGCGUUCGUGGCCUAUUGGAGGCUCCCAGAUUACGUUCUUGGCAAAAUGAUGCUACAUAUCUUUACGGGCCUGUUCAACACCUUCACAUUCUGGCAUUUGGGCAACAGUUAUAUUGACAUGCAGUCAAGACUGUUCUCCAUCUUCAUGACUUUGACCAUCUCUCCACCUCUCAUUCAACAGUUGCAGCCACGCUAUCUGCAUUUCCGUGGUAUCUACGAGUCGCGCGAGUCAAAUUCCAAGAUUUAUUCCUGGGUUGCAUUCGUAGUGAGCACUAUCCUCCCAGAACUACCAUACUCCAUUGUUGCCGGAUCGGUAUACUUCAACUGCUGGUACUGGGGCGUUUGGUUCCCACGGGACUCUUUCAGCACAGGUUACACCUGGAUGAUGAUAAUGCUAUUUGAAUGCUUUUACGUCGGAUUGGGACAAUUCAUCGCUGCAUUUUCGCCGAAUGAGCUUUUCGCAUCGUUACUCGUCCCUGCAUUCUUUUCUUUUAUCAUUUCCUUCUGUGGUGUUGUCGUGCCUUAUGCCGCUCUACCUCACUUUUGGCAGUCGUGGAUGUAUUGGCUCACGCCGUUCCACUAUCUGCUCGAGGGUCUCUUGGGUGUCGUUACACACAACAUCCCUAUUAAAUGCGUUGAGCGAGAAGAGGCAUUCUUUAGUCCGCCACCUGGCAUAACUUGUCAGGAAUAUGCCGGCUCAUAUGCGCAGAAGUCUCACGGCACUGUCCGUGAUGCUGGGAAUGGGUUGUGCGCAUUUUGUCAGUACUCUACCGGCGAUCAAUUCGCAGCCAGUUUCAAUGUCUUCUACUCUCAUAAAUGGCGAGAUUAUGGAAUCUUCUGGGCCUUUGUCAUCUUCAACUUCGUCAUCCUCUUCCUUUUCUCGUGGCUUUAUCUCCAUGGAAUUCGAGAUCUGAAACGAUGGCUUAGUGAGCGCAAGACUAGAAAGGUCAAAAAAGCCGCAGAUUGA